CGUCUGCCUCGCCCAAACGCCAUGCUCGAUGCCAUCGCUAUCGCCCGCUCCACCAGUACUCGAAGAUCCUUCUUGCAAACGCCAACGGGACAACGACGACGACGACGGGGACGCCAACGAUCCUCCUCGUGCACGCAAGAGGGCGAGGGCGAGGGCGAGGCGAAGGACAAGACUUACGCCAGAGGCUCUCCGAAGGCUGUCGCGGGACACGGUGAGAUCUGAGCAGCGGACUGUGCAAUGGGUACAGUCCGAGGCAUUCGGCUCCAGCAGAGGGCAGGCGAAGAAGGCACGAAAGGCAACAGCGGCACUAGGCAUUUCGUCCUCAGCCACGUCCCACAGACGCAGUCGACGAUCUAGCAAGACCUCGCAGUCGACACGCACGAAUUCGAUCGACUCAGCCUCCUCGAUUCACGAUGCGAGCGCUGCUCAAAUCCUGCGCGACCACCAAAUUUACGGUCCUGCCAAGCGAUGCGCUCCCGCGAACCUGGUCGAACUGCAGGAGAAGAUGCGACGCCCACGAGCCUCCGUGUCUCCUUCACGAGUGGACGAGGCCACAUGGGAAAGGUACUGCCGAGCGUACUAUGCUGCGAAGAACGAGGAUGCCGUCACUGCAAAUUUCAUGCAGCACUUCCCAGGAAAUGCGCCGUACGAGACGAUACAGAACACAGCAUUCCGGAAGAUGGCUAGUCUGACACCGUCAGCGAGGUUGCCGCCAGUGAAGCCAGAUAUUGCUGCCGGCCUGCCUCCAGAAGACAUUGACAUCAAGAUUCGUCGUGAGAUUGGCGCCUAUGUUCUCACAACUAAUGGCGACACACCUGCGCUAGUCAACAGCUUCACAGAGCUGAAAGGCCCGAGGGGCAAGGAGAAGGCCGGCCUGGAACAAGCAGCGUACGAUGGGGCCGCUGGCGCUCGAGCGAUGCACAAAAUGCGUUCGUUUGGAUUGUCAGCCGAGCCAGAGCCCGACGGGAAUGCUCGCACUUUCGUUACAUCCUAUAUGCAAGGAACGACAGCUUUCUACGCUUCUCACAUGCAGCCACCCGGGCGAGGCGCGACUACAGGAAGCUAUCAUACCUAUCCUCUUGGAGGCGAGUUCAGUCUGGGCAGUGCUGCGCAGUUUCGUGCUAGUAUUACCAGCUACCGCAACCUGCAGGAUAUAGCAGCUUCGGAAAGACAAGCUGCACUUCAGCUAGCUCACGCGCAAUCUGUCGCACAACAAGGUCCUAAUACGCAGGAUCCGGCGGCUGCGAGUUCUGUACGGCAAGCACGACAGGCAAGCUCAUCAACCAAGCGUGCCCGACGUGUGGAGAGCAGUUCUGAUGAUGAUUCUUACGCGAGCGCCAACGAAGACGAAUGCAACGAUGUAUGAUCUGAGAACUGCUAGCUAGUUCGCAUAACGAAAUAUCUAGCAUAAUGAUAUUGAAUUUGAAGCUACUUGAAGUCUGUUCACGUCAUUUCAUUGCAGCUUCUCCAGUCGACCUGACGUAUCACUCGAGCUCAAGCCGUAUCCUCUAAUUCCACAACGAC